AACCGAAUUGCCUGUUUUCCACAUCAGGAAAUCAUUCCGUCCUUUGCUAUUACACUGAAUAAAUCACGAAGACCGCAGUUGCAUGUCGUUGUCUUUUGACCGCUCACAAUGCUUAUGGAUGAGUAACAAUUGGCUUUGCUGGAGGACGACCGAGUUAGUUGUUUAUGGAAAUCAAAAGCCGCCUGGAUUUCAGCGUGAAAAAAAGAAGACGCAGACGUCAGAGACCUCCACGCCUGCUCCCCUAUUCCUCGCCGCCGCUGUUAAAUUCUUAUUGCAAACUAAUCGUAGCAUUGAAGGUGGAAUUGCAGCGUCUGCCGCUGCAUGGACUGCACUACGGCUCGGAUGGCAUGCUGCUAGUAGCUGGUAGACGAUUAUCGGCUUUUUAGUUUUAAACGGCGUGCCUUGGCGGAAAGGAGAGGAUUUCGUUUUAUUUAAGGGUCAACUGACAAUGAACGAGCAGGAAGCUGGUGUAGUCUCAUUUGACGAAUACGUGCGCCAGAAGGCUCGAACUGUACCCCAGCACAGGAUGAAGGAGUUCCUGGAAUCCCUCUCCAAGGGGGAGUUCAGUCAGCAGGGAGGGGCGACCACCACCACUACCACCACCACUACAGCCAUGGUCUACCAAGAGCAGACCAACAACUGUGUCUACACUGACAGCACAGAGGUGGCCGGCUCGCUCUUGGAGCUGGCUUGUCCAGUACAGCUGACCUCAGCGGAGAUUUCACCUCAGCUUUCCAUGCAUUCAGAACCUGAACAGCAGCUACAAGUGCAGGUUCAGAUCCAGGAGCAACCUGUCUUGCAGAUGGCCACUCAACAGGAAAUGCAAGGAAUUUCAGCUUCUCAACUUGUACCGCAGGAAGAUCUCACAGAAGAGCAGCAGCAGCAGAUUCAGGCACAGCUGGUUGCGGCCGUAAGCGGUGAGCAACAGAUUCAGUUAGCAAGCGGUCACCAAAUCCAGCUGCAAGGUACACAGCAGAUUCAACUUGCGGACGGCCAGCAUAUUCAACUGGAGGCCGGCCAACAGAUUCAGCUACAAGACGGACAGCAGAUUCAGCUGCCGGAUGGUCAGCACAUUCAACUGCAGGGCGGCCAACAGAUUCAGCUACAAGACGGACAACAGAUUCAACUGCAAGACGGACAGCAAAUUCAGCUUCCGGACGGUCAACACAUCCAGCUGCAAGGCGGACAACACAUUCAGCUACAAGACGGACGGCAGAUUCAACUCAUGGGAGGGCAGCACAUCCACCUACAAGAUGGACAACAGAUACAAUUACCGGACGGACAACAGAUCCACAUCCAAACCAUAGAGGCCAUAUCACCUUCACAGCAACAGAACUCUCCCAGGGAGACAGAGAGGCGGCCCGGUAACGCCUCAUCUGUUCUUCCACCCGCCAAGAAGCGCAAAGUUGAUACUCCCUUGACUGUGUCCUACACUGUUCCUCAAGGGCAGCAAGUAGCCACGGUCAUCGCAAUCCCUCAAGGGCAACAGCAAAACUACGUGUCCCUGCGGCCUGAUUUGCUUACAGUCGACAGCACUCAACUGUACAGUGCCACAGGAACAAUCACUGGCCCCACAGGGGAGACGUGGACGAUCCCCGUCUACUCCACCGCUCAACAGCAGGGUGUGACUCACAUUGCCAUACCGCAGGAGACGUACAACACAGUGCAAAUUGCCGCUGCCAACGGCAAGACUGGUUCCUCGGCAAGGUCCACUGAUGUGCAGUCCGUGUCGACUGCGACGCAAGAAGAAAUCGUGCAGACGCUGUUUCCCGCUCAGUUCAUGAAUGGGAACAUUCACAUCCCAGUAGCUGUCCAGACUGUCGGAGGGACUUAUAAUACGACGCAGUCAGUGCACAUAUGGGACCCAAAUCAGCAACAGAGCCAAGAUAAUGGAAAUGAACAACUCCAGCUUCAGGAACAAGGAGAGGCCGAUGCUAAUGCUGAACAAUCUGCAGAAAUUCUAGUUCCAAUUUCCCUUAAACCAGAAGAGGGUCUGGAGGUAUGGCGCCUUUGGGUGAAGCGGAAAAAUGAUGAGCUGAUUAAGCAGGACAAGACAAAGCUGGCACCGAUUGGACGUCGCCAACCGCUGCGUUUUCAAGACGACUUGAUUUCCAGCGCAGUAGCCGAGCUGAACCUCGGUCUUUCGCUGAUGACGCAAGAGGCCCGAGGAUCAGAGGAAGAACAAUUUGCUCCAGAUGUUCUUUAUUACGUCUUCCUUUGUAUACAAAAGUACCUCUUUGAAAAUGGACGCGUGGAUGACAUUUUUGCUGAUCCAUACUACACUCGAUUCUGUGAGAGUUUACAUAAAAUCCUGACUGGCUGGAAGCCCAGUGUCCAUCCUCUAGGUUACAUCAUUCCGAGUCAUGUGACAGAAGAGAUGCUGUGGGAAUGUAAACAACUUGGUGCACAUUCACCUUGGACUUUGUUAACCACGUUGAUGUACUUUAACACAAAGUGUUUUCGUCUGCUCACACCUGAGCAGCACCUGAAAGUGGCCUUCUCUAAGGUCUUGAGACACACCAGGAAAAACCCCACUAAUGCAAAGGACAAAGCAACUAGUAUCCGCCUUCUGAAAGGGCAAAGUUCUCAUAAAGGAUCGGAUGAUCUAUAUGAUGAGCAGAUCGAGGAUCCAGAGAACCCACUUCGGUGUCCGAUCAAACUUUAUGAUUUUUAUCUAUUCAAAUGCCCGCAAAGCGUCAAAGGUCGUAACGACGUGUACUACAUGACUCCUGAGCACGUUGUGGCGCCCAACAGUCCCAUGUGGUAUUCCUCUCAGCCCCUCACGAGUAAGCAGGUGGAGCAAACGCUGGCACGCAUCCUGGUCGUUAGAGAGAUCCAGGAGAUCAUCGGUGCCGCGUCCGAGAGUUAAAAGAGCGGAACGACAUGGAGCAAGAGGAAGAUUGUUCAAUUCCAUCACUGAUUGUUGACUCAGCUUCCCUUUGCUCGGCUCAAUAAACAUGCCGCCUCAACAAUCAAAUGGAGAACCCAAUGAAUGAAUCAUUGAAGCUCUCUGAGAAAUUGUGCAUUACUGCGUUCAAGACUUGAGGAAAAAACUUUAAAGUAUUGUCAACAUGAGGUUAUUUAACCAUUUACUUUUCUUUAACCUCAUGUUUUGUUACCAUGCCAACCUCCUCGCAGGGACCACUGCUCACGUUUUUGUAUUGUGUUGAUAUGUACAAAGAUAACCUUGUGCCUGUUUUCAAAGUGUUUGAUCUAAUAUGUUUCGAGAUAAAGCACUAAAUUGUCUU